AUGAAGGCAGUUGGCCUGUUCAUCCUGUGCAGCUGGUGCGUUGCUUCGAGGACGCAUGCAGCGAUACUGGUUUCUUCUCCGUCGCAAAGUGCCCGGAUUCCGCCGCGGGCUCAGCUUCUGAGUGGGCCGUUGCGAAUUAUCGAAGACGGGCCCAUUCACACGCGCCGUGGGUAUACGGACAGCUUCUGGGAUCCGACGUCUAUGUCUGCAGAUGUCUGCCUGUUCUUCGAGGUUAGCCGCCUGAGGAUGAUAGUGCUGGUUCUCAUCAGCGACGUCAUCAUGCCGCCGCUCCUUGCACGGCAUGAGCAAGGCAGCAGUGGAGCGCAAAUUGACGAAGAACGACAUGGCGCCACGAGUGUGGUAAAGCAGUUGUCGGUUUACAAGUGGUCUUGCAUGUUGUCCCGUAAAUUGUCUUCCGCCGCCCGGCAUUGA